AAAUCAGUCCGUCGCGGAAAACGAAGUGUGGCCAGCCUACGAGCUCGUUUCCAACGCAAAUUUUGUGGGCACUGCGUAGAUAAAACAAAUGAAUCUAGUGAAAAUUGUGAGCCGCUCGUAACCGUCGACAACAUGGAGCAGGACCGUUUAAUUCCACCGAUGAGGCAGGGAAUGUGCACGAGUGACGGUCCGCCUCCUCUUCCAGCGAAUCCGCCACCGCUUCUUCCUGACGACUCUCCGUACCUAUCUUCCAGCUUGAAAACGAAGACCGUGGCUUCAUCCCCGAUCACGCUAAAACUUCUCCAUCCAGGUCCUCCGCCUCAGUCAUCCCCUCAAAGCUAUAACGAAUCGGAAGCUUUCGCCUCAAUGCGUCUCACAUCGGAAUCACCCGAGAGCCAGACUACCACCGUGCGAAAAGUGGCCCCAUCGACGGCCACGACAAAGCCAACACAAUCAUCAACGCCAAAAUUCAGCCCCAGUCCUGUUCUUGAGCCAACAAUUAUUCCCAAAAAGCCUCCGAGGGCCAUGUCUUUGACUGCUGCGGAGCAGUCACCGAACCCAGCAAACGUCCCUCAAGGGAUUCUCGUGAAACAUUCAAAAAGGCCCAGUUCAGGUGCGACUAUGCCGCCUGAGAAGUUUGACUAUAAGGUGACAUCCACCAAGAAGGCUGUGAUUCAAGAGAGUGCUCCUUCAACACGUCGCCGCGACACGGUUCGCUUUUCGAUCUCGUCAGAUCUUUCUAUGGAAGAUUAUGGCAUGGACAGUACUCUCUCGGAGAGUACACAAUCAGUGAGAAUGGAGGAUCUGCCUGCUGACACCACCCAACAUUCGGAACAUCAGGACCAAAUCGACUCGCUUGUGGGGGAAGAUGAAGAUUGGUGGCAGCACUCACACGCGGCCUGA